GCUAAGCAGCUGUUCAAAGAAAAACAAACAAUUGCAAAUAUUUUGCAUAGUUUAAAAACAAAAAACAAGUAAUCAAGGACCAGAACAUGGCCCACUUGUUGGAUCUUGACCUGGCUGGCAUAUUUUUUGGUUUACCUGUAAACUAUCUGGCCGCACUGUUCACCCUGGUGCUAUGUGUUUUCAGUGCACUUUAUUUUUCCAACAUUUUCAAGGACAAAACUGAACUUGAAGACGAAGGCUUGGGACCAGAUGAACUGCCUGAUGAGCUUACAAACAGCCAUCGGCACACUCAAAUCAACGAUGAUGAAGAUGACGAUGACGACGACGACGAUGAUGAUUAUGAGGAUGAUGAGGCCUAUGAGGAGCAAUUUAGUGACAGUGAGGUUGCCGAAGAUGAGGACGAUGAGGAGGAGGCAGAGUUAAGUCAUUCUGGUCAAGAUUAUAAUCAUUUAAUGGGUAAAAUUAAGGCCAAGCGUUUGCAACACAAAUUGGAAAAGAAUCUAACACCCAGCCAAAUUGAGGAAGAGCGUCGCAUUGAACGGGAACAAUUGGCUGCAAUAUUUGAAUUGUUACGCAAACAAGAACAGGAAUUAAAUUUAAAGGAUCGUAUCAGUGAUCAUGAUCUCAAGGAGCAAGUGCGGCUGUAUCGUUGACCAUCGUCCAGCCAGCCAAAGGACAAAAAUUAGUUUCAGAAGGAAUUAGCCGCUUCCAAAGUCUCCACCAAAAUGUGUAGUCAUUAAAUUCCAGUUGAAUUUUGUUCUCCAUUAGACUAUAUAUAGAAAAAUCGAUUCUAUACAUACUUCAAGGUACGUAACAUCUAUAUGGAUAGUUAUUCCAUUCCCAUAAAACUGAUUGGGGAUAUUUUAAAGAGUUUUUUUUCCGCUUAGAAAUA